AUGAGACAGAAUUGGGAGUCGGCGGAGGCAAGUCUCCCAUACAUGAAAACCAGCCCCAAAGCCAUAUUUUUCACGGAUUUCGACGGAACAAUCACAUUGGACGACUGCAACGAUCACUUGGUGGACAAUUUCGGUUUCGGAGUCGAGUUACGGCGUAUUCUCGAGCUAGAAUUGUUGAAAGGGAAUAUGACGUUCAGGGAUGCAUUUCAGGCCAUGCUUGAUAGUGUGCACCUUCCAUUCGAUGAAUGCCUUCGUAUAAUCCAGGAGAACGUUCGACUCGAUCCGCAUUUCCUCGACUUCUACAUCUGGGCGAAAGAGCACAAUGUUCCGAUAGUCAUCCUCUCCUCGGGAAUGACACCCGUUAUAAUUUCACUAUUGGCGUCUUUGCGCGGUAGCAAGCCUGAAAACAUCUUUGUCAUUGCAAACGAUGUCGAGGCUCGUCAUGGUAAGGAUAUCAACGGAGAGUGUGGGUGGCGCAUCAAAUAUCGCGACGAUAGCGAGUUUGGCCACGACAAGUCGUUGGAGAUAAAGCCGUAUGGCGCAUUGCCAGAUCAGCAUCGUCCUCUACUUUUGUAUGCACGAGACGGUGUUUCUGACUUGUCUGCUGCAUCGGAAACCGAAAUCCUUUUUGCAAAUGAGUGCUUGGGUGAGUGCGACUUCAGGAUUUGUCCGAUGCAUCGGCAGAUUCCUACCACAAUCAAUCUAGUGACGUAUUGCGAACAAAAAGAGAUCAAAUUUGUUCCUUUCACCAACUGGAUCUCGAUUCUUGACUCGAUGCGAGACAUCGAAAAAGGAAUACACAAACCCAAAUCCGUGGGCCAGAGGAUACAAGAUCUGAAGGUCUAG